UAGAGCGGCGUGCGGCCUUACCUUUGCUGCUCUGCAUAUAUAUCUCAAGCUUUGUUUCCACCUUUAAGCCAACAUUUCUUUCUCCGGUUCUUUCGACAUGACUUGGAAAAUGCCCCCUUUUUAUAUCUAUGCUUGCGCACUGCUAUUCGUUGCACUAAGCUGUCGGGUGUCAGCCAACGGGCUCGUCAACGAGGAGGUGAAGAGAUUGGUGGACCUGAGCACUCAUCUCGCCAAAAUCACCGCUGAAAUUACCCUGGCAAACCAUGGCGACCACGCCGUACAAACGUUCAUGAUUGCAGUGGAGCCAGACCUGGUGCCGCAUCUUGCAUACGUCGGAGCUUCAGUGAAGGGUGAUGAAGAGGAAGAUAUUACACUUGACCUCAAGGAGGCAACAAUUGAGGGACAAAGUGGGACAUUUUACAACGUUCGGUUGCCCUCCAGUCUGGCAGGGGGUGCUAAGCAGAGAGUGAAGGUGGAGACAGUAUUUAGCCAUGUCCUAAAGCCCUUCCCUACACACAUUACUCAGGCUGAGCGCCAGCUGGUGGUCUUUCAGGGGAACCACUACUUGUAUUCCCCUUACCCUACCCGCAGCCAGACCACCCGUGUCCGCCUGGCCUCCAAGACUGUGGAGAUCUACACCAAGCUGGGCAGCCCCAGCAAGAACGAUGAGGUCAUUGAGUAUGGACCAUUCCGUGAUGUUGCGCCAUUCAGCGAGGAUACAAUGAAGAUUCAUUAUGAAAACAACACACCCUUCCUCACUAUCAGUAGCAUCACCCGCACUAUUGAGGUCUCUCACUGGGGUAACAUUGCUGUAGAAGAAACCAUUGACCUAAGGCAUACGGGCGCCUAUCUGAAAGGACCUUUCUCACGUUACGAUUACCAGCGGCAGUCUGACAGCGGUAUCUCAUCUGUCAAAUCCUUCAAGACUAUCCUUCCUGCAUCUGCACAAGAUGUGUACUACCGGGAUGAGAUUGGCAACAUCUCCACCUCCCACCUGCAGGUCCUUGAGGAUUCAGUUGAGGUGGAGGUCAGGCCUCGCUUCCCUCUGUUUGGAGGCUGGAAGACUCACUACAUCAUUGGCUACAACCUGCCCAGCUAUGAGUACCUUUACACACUGGGUGACCAGUAUGCACUAAAGAUGAGGCUGGUUGACCACGUCUAUGAUGACCAGGUUAUUGAUUCCUUAACCGUUAAACUCAUCCUUCCAGAGGGGGCCAGAAACAUCCAUGUGGACACGCCGUACCCAAUCAACCACAUGCCCGAACAGCUGCACUAUACUUACCUGGAUACAUUUGGCCGGCCAGUGCUGGUGGCCACUAAAGACAACCUGGUGGAGCAGCACAUUCAGGAUGUUGUGGUCCAUUACACUUUCAAUAAGAUUUUGAUGCUGCAGGAGCCUCUCUUGGUUGUAGGGGCCUUCUACAUUCUCUUCUUCACUGUCAUAAUCUACGUACGCCUGGACUUUGCCAUCACCAAGGACCCGGCAGCAGAGGUGCGCAUGAAAGUGGCCUCCAUCACAGAGCAGGUACUGACUCUGGUCAACAAGCGCCUGGGUCUGUACCGUCACAUGGAUGAGGUGGUCAACCGCUACAAGCAGUCCCGUGACACUGGGGCACUCAACAGUGGGCGCAAAACACUGGAGGCAGACCACCGUGCUCUUACCGGCGACAUCAGCUCCCUGCAAGCCCGCCUCAAGGCUGAGGGCUCUGACUUGGCUGAUAAGGUUGGGGAGGUGCAGAAACUUGAUGGCCAGGUGAAGGAGCUGGUGUGUCGCUCCUGUCAGGAAGCUGAGCGUCUGGUGGCGGGCAAGGUCAAGAAAGAAGCCUACAUCGAGAGCGAGAAGACUCUGGCUAGCAAAAGGCAGGAGUUAGUUGGUCGCAUCGACAGUCUGUUGGAUGCCCUCUAAACCUCUCCUCCCAUAUACACAACAAAACCACGCAAAGAUACAUAAACACACAUUGGCCCUGUUGCAAAGAUGUACAACUUUCCAUUCAUAUGGAGAUCACAUAUUACAAAAAAAUCCCCAUCACACUCAAGUUGGUUCUUUUUGCCAUCCAGGAACCUAGACACAAACAAACCACUUGUGUCAAGGUAGUUGUAGUUGUAUCCAAACACUUGUGCCUUUGUGCUCAGCGCAAAACAAGAGGUCAUUAUAUGCUUUGUUCAACUGCAGCUACAUCAUAUUGGAUGAUAGGUAUCAUUGUGUUCAGCUGUUCUCUUCGAUAUCUUUGAAUGAUGCAUCAUUUUCAUGUCAAAAUCCGGACUCCCCUUUUUUCUACUUUUUUGUUUCACCUUUUGCAUGAUCAGUUAAGAUUAAAAGUUGUUUAACUGAUGUGACUAAUGUGCGGUGUCAAGAAUUUUCAGUUGCGUCUUUAUUCACUCAUGCUGUAUUGGUUAUGAGGCUGACCCCUUUUGUAGCUCGCAAGUAAUUCUGGCAACUGUCAACAUGACCGGUUCUUAUAUCUUUUGCACUUACGGUUUACUGUCACUUGUCAGUUGCCCCUGACUAACCCAUAUUUUUGGAAACAAAAAUUGGAAGCUCUGAUACCACGUCAGCCCAGUUCCAUUAAGCAGAAGUCUUCAUGUUUGUUUUUGCUGUCAGGCUGUAAUGUUCUAGCUUUUGUAUGAUUUUGUUUUAUAAAUAGUCUUUCUCUGAGAGAUUAGUGACUACAUGAGGUUAGGUGGUAUGUGGGGAAAGACACGAGCCAUGGAACCACAAUAUAAAGUAAGAAAUGGAAAGUACCAAAUUUGAAAUAAAAAAUUUGAAAAAUGA